GUUCUAUUUUUUUUUUUUUUUGUUUUUGGAUCAUUUCAGAAUCUUUGUACAAUAAGUCUAUAGCAGAUCCUUGGCAUUGGUAUGCAAAGAUCACAUAGAUCAGCCGUUGCCGUGCAGAUAGCUCUUCUGGCACUUCUCUUGCAGACUACUACACGAGAGAACAAGUUAUAUUUAAGAUUUCAAGUUUGAAUACCUUCGAGGAGCCUACUCAACGAUGUCGCGACUCAUUAGAGCACUGCAGUAUCUCAUACAGGAGGCCCACGGUUAUGUUUCGCAACCAUCAUCCUGCCAUAAAUGCUUGCAUCAUAUGAACCCUGAUUCUGUUUCCCAGAUGGAGACAUGGUCACAAUUGGAACUAAUGAGGCGACUACUGUGCCAGCGGCCGCCAAUUCCUGAGCUACCAUCAGAAGUCCUCGACGACAUUGACGCAGUGAUCAUGAACAGAAACGAUAAAGCAAUCCAGAUAUCGUCGACAGAAAUUACUCCUAGUAUUAUAUUUAAAUCGAGUGGAGGGAGAGCCGAGAAGCAGCCAGGCUCCAAUGUGAUCAAUAUAUCUCUGUGGAGAGGCGACAUAACAUCUCUAACUGAUGUCACGGCGAUCGUCAACGCUGCGAAUUCCCAAUUGCUCGGAUGCUUUCGUCCGGAUCACCGCUGUAUUGACAAUAUCAUCCACUCCGUUGCCGGUCCACGACUCAGAGCUGCAUGCAACUCUCUCAUGCUUAAGCAAGGACACCCUGAGUCGGUGGGAUCUGUGAAGGUAACACCAGGGUUCAAUCUGCGAGCACCAUGGGUAUUACACACGGUUGGCCCACAGGUUAACUCGAAGAAGCGCCCCGGGGUGCUACAGCAGCAGCAACUAGCAAAUUGUUAUAGGUCGUGCCUCGAGGUCACAGAGUCUCUCCCUGCUCUUUCAAAUGGUCGUAAGGUUGUGGCCCUCUGUUGUAUCUCAACAGGGCUGUUUGCCUUCCCGCCAGAAGUGGCCGCUAGAAUUGCGUUGGAGACAGUGGUACAAUGGUGCUUGGAUCACCCGUCGACAACGGUAACCGAUAUUAUCUUCGACACGUUCCUGGAGCGAGACUUUGAAUUGUACAAGGAAAAUAUUUCCGAACUGAGAUCCACCCUUGCUUCCACAAACCUCGAGAUAACCUUCCCAACGAGCACACCAAACCCACCAAAAGCACUCAUUACUCCUACCAUAACCAAGGCGCGAACCUGGCUCCAAGAAGCGGACUACCUGAUCAUCUCUGCCGGUGCUGGACUAUCCGCAGCCAUCGGCCUCGACUACACCUCCACAUCUCUUUUCCAGAAACACUUCCCAGGCUUCCUCCAUCUCGGCCUGGGACGGCUGUACGACGUAUUCGGAUUCAACGGAUGGGACAGCAUCAACCAAAAAUGGGGUUACUACUUUCUCCAUCUAAAUAUGGUUCGAGACUGGCCCGCAUCGCAGCUUUACGACUCUCUGCGUAAACUCGCGGCCCGAUUCGACGAUAGGUACUUCAUCCGCACCUCUAAUGCGGAUGGACAAUUCGUUGCGAACGGAUUCCCCGCUGAGAAAGUGUCAACACCACAAGGCCAAUAUCGGUUCCUACAAUGCUUUGCCAAAUGCAGACCGGAUGCCGUGUUUCCUUCUGAUCCGUUUGUCGACGCUGCGUUGCCUUUUAUCGACCCGGAGACUCAGGUUCUUACCGAUGAGACCAAGAUACCUCGAUGUGGAUAUUGUGGAGGGGAAUUGACACUUUGUGUACGUGGUGGGGAUUAUUUUAACUCUACGCCGUUUCACGGGCAGGAGCGUAAAUGGAAGGAAUAUUUGGCAAAUGUUUCUAAGAGCAUGGGUGGGAAGAAGGCUGUCAUUCUUGAGCUGGGCGUAGGACUUAAUACGCCAGCCGUGCUGAGGUGGCCGAAUGAAGAGCUGGUGGAAGGCUCUUCAGAACCUGGUUUUUGGCUGAUUAGGGCAGGAAUUGGGGCCUCUGGGUGUGCGCCUUGGGAUUUAGAAGAGCGUAAUUUAGCAGUUGGGAUCGAGGGGGAUUUGAAUUUAAUUAUUGAGGCGUUGGCGGAUUAAAGUUCCUCGCUAGUCAUAUUUUUGUAUAGAAGGCGCAUACUAUUCCCUGAAUAUAGAUGCUGAACCACAUUUGAGACUGAUGCUUAACUCCGAAGGGCCAUGAG